CUUGGGCCGCUCGGUGGUAUCCUCCCGAAUAUCGACAAUACAACAAGCUAGAGGGCAUGCUCCUUGAUGAUGUAGAGGCCGCGAUUCCACUCGUCACACCCAAGUUUGAUAUCUUUCAGCUGGGCCAAUUGCUUUGGUUUCUUGCGCAGAGCUGGGCGAGUGGUGAAAGCAUCCAGUCCUUGAAAGAGCAUUUCCUCAUGCCUUCCGACUCUGUCGCUCUCGCCGAAUUGGUUCCGACAUACUACAAAGACAUAGUAGACGCAUGUCGCGCCGAGGAUCCACUCGACCGACCUUCUGCAGCGAAGCUCUUGUCCCUGCUUCCGUCCGGAACUAGCGAAACUGAAUUCCAGGGCGGGCAAGACGCGAAGCCCAUAUCCAUCGACGUAGACACUAUGUGGAAAUGUCACCCCUGGUCUAACUUCUGUGAUCAUUGCGGAAAGAUAAUCUCAGGUUUAAUUUUCCAUUGCAAUCUCUGCAGAGCCGGAAACUACGACGCAUGCCUUGGGUGUUUCAAAGCAGGAUUUCAUUGUCUUGAUCAAACGCAUUUGCUGGUCGAAGUCAGGAGUGAGGGGAACAUUCCUAUAGGGAAACGAUAUCACUCGAGCGUGGGCAGCUCAGGACUUCGAGUGGUGACCGAGGAAUGAUGUUCGCCAUUUAGCUCUAGAAGCAUAGUCUUACUCUUUCUCCCAGGCGAUUCAAUAUUGAGUCCCGCCAGAGAUUCCACGUCUUUCGUCGUGCUCAGCUAGCCAGUGCUCACUCUACUUGUUAGGUAAGUUGGAGCCGAACCGUACAACCUUUCUCUUGGAGGCCUUGGUGGAAGAAGCCUUGACGUAUAUUUCAGUGAGUGAGGAGUUCAUAACAACCUUGUAUAGGUAGAAUAGCAUAUCUUGGCUAUCUUUGAUACGUCACCGUCUUAAGAGCAUAUCUAUAUUAAGAAUAUAACCGUCUCAAGACGGUCCUAUAUUAAGAGCGUG